AACGUGCGCGCGAAGAAAUAGGGAGAGGAGUUGUCUACAGGCUAUACAAUAUCUCCAUUGUGACAUUGGGAGGAGGAGAUCUAGAAAGAAUUGAAUGGUAGCUACACCCUGCGUGUAGAAGCGUAGAGUCACCAUAGGGAAGACUGGGAAUCAUUUUUUUGGCAAUAACAAAGGUGGGAGAGGGGCAUCGAAACCGAGAAAAAGACAGCCUGAGACAGUUUCUGUGUAAAUUCUGAUUCGUUGAAUGCGUGAGAGUAAUGUAUUGUCGUCAGCAUGAUCUUAGGUAGAAGUAAUAAGCGACAAUAACGAUAACUAAACGUAAUUUUCAACAACAGACACUCCUAUUUUGUCUCAUUAUUAUUAUUAUUCGGAAAGAGACCCUGUCAUCUGAAAGCCGACAGGACACUGCAUGGAUAUUUUCUCUGAAAGCAUACAAAAAAACGACCUUACAAAGAAAACUACAUUUUGAUUGAUCUUGUGAGUUAAUGUGCGUGAUCUUGCACGCACGCACGCACACGAAACGAACCCGAAACAAAAGCAAACUCCUCCUCCCUCCGUUUUCUCUCCUCCUCUCCCUCCCCCAGUUCUUCUAUGCUCAGUUCGGUCUGCGUCUCCUCUUUCAAAGGGCGCAAGGGUGGGAACAAGUCAUCCAACAAAGCAUGUUACACUGCAGACAUGACUUGUCCGUCGGAAAGCGAGAAAAUCGUGAUCAACUGCGGGGGGGUGCGGCAUGAAACCUAUCGAAGCACCCUAAAAACGUUGCCCGGUACCCGCUUGUCUUGGCUUACCGAACCGGACGCCUUUAGCAACUUCGAUUACGACCACAAAAACGACGAGUUCUUCUUUGAUCGCCACCCAUCCGUCUUUUCAUUCAUCCUCAACUAUUACCGCACAGGGAAGUUGCACUGUCCGAACGAUGUGUGCGGCCCGCUGUUCGAAGAGGAGCUGGCAUUCUGGGGCAUCGAUGAGACGGACGUGGAGGCUUGUUGCUGGAUGAAUUACCGGCAACACAGGGACGCAGAGGAGGCGUUGGAUAGCUUUGAGAAUCCCGAACCGGAGUUGCCAGAAGACGACCCAGCUUUACCAGGAGGCGCAGAUGGGGACAUGAAAAGACUGUGCUUGCAUGAGGACGGAAGGAAAAAGACUUGGUGGGAAAUGUGGCGGCCCCGAAUGUGGGCCCUUUUUGAAGACCCUUAUUCAUCUAAAUACGCCCGGUACUGCGCAUUCCUCUCCCUUCUGUUCAUCCUCAUCUCCAUCUCCACCUUCUGCAUGGAGACGCAUGAGGCCUUCAACACCAUCUACAACAAGACGGAGAACGUGACGGAGGGAAACGUGACGCGCGAGGUGAUCGUCUACGAGGUGGUGACCGACAGCUGGCUUACGUACGUGGAGGGCAUGUGCGUCAUCUGGUUCACCAUUGAGGUGAUGGCACGCGUGGUCUUCUGCCCGGACAAGGUUGAAUUCUUCAGGAGCACCCUCAACAUCAUCGACUUCAUUGCCAUCAUGCCUUUCUACCUGGAGGUGGGGCUGAGCGGACUGUCCUCCAAAGCCGCCAAGGACGUGUUGGGCUUCCUGCGCGUGGUCCGCUUUGUUCGCAUCCUGCGUAUCUUCAAGCUGACCCGCCACUUUGUGGGGCUUCGCGUCCUGGGCCACACGCUCCGUGCCAGCACCAACGAGUUCCUCCUGCUCAUCAUCUUCCUCGCUCUCGGAGUGCUCAUCUUCGCCACCAUGAUCUACUACGCCGAACGCAUCGGCGCCGACCCUGAUGACCCUACGGCUGCCAAACACACAAACUUCAAGAAUAUCCCCAUUGGUUUCUGGUGGGCCGUGGUCACCAUGACCACUCUGGGCUACGGGGACAUGUACCCCGAAACGUGGUCGGGGAUGCUGGUGGGUGCGCUGUGCGCCCUGGCAGGGGUGCUGACCAUCGCCAUGCCUGUGCCCGUCAUCGUCAACAACUUUGGCAUGUACUACUCACUGGCCAUGGCCAAGCAGAAGCUUCCCAAAAAGAAGGGCAAGCACAUCCCCCGGCCCACCAUGCCGGGCUCGCCCAACUACUGCAAGCCUGACGCUCUCGCUAUGGCCACCGCCUCGCCCCAUAGGAUCCUGGGUAAUGUACUCGGCGAGGUGAUCGGGUCUGGAGGCUUCGACUGCCCCCUUGCUCAAGAGGAGAUCAUAGAAAUCAAUCGAGAUUCCAAGCAGAACGGCGACGCGGCCACUGCGGCCCUGGCGAACGAGGACUGCCCUACUAUCGACCAGGUGCUGAGCCCGGACGAGCGGAGUCCCGCGGGGCGAGGGGGCACCGGAGUAACCCGGGAACGCUACCAGCAGGACCGCGCUUGCUUCCUGCUCAACACCAGGGAAUUCCGCGCCACAGAUGGGAAUGUGCGGAAAGAGGCCGCAGGCUUGGCAGCCAGCCCAGACUCCCCUUUGGCUGAUGAAUGGUAUAAGCUGGAAGGGUCUCUCCUACAGCAGGACCUCAAUGCAAACUCCACCUCUUCCUGGAUCAAACCAUAGUGUUAAGUUUCUAGCAAUUUCUCUGACGAAGACAUACUGAGUCAGUUAAUCAGAAAUGAGCGGAGGGAGCCACUUUAACCAAGACGUGUGACACGGAUGGACAGUUAAAAGGCAUAUCUUUGGCGUGACGAGAGAGAGAGAGACCAGAGGGAGAUCAAGAUAAACAUGAGGUUGGAUCUUUACGUUGUUACCAAAGCAGCCUCUUGGAAACUCCGGCCACACUUUGGAAGACUGUCUGACAGAUCACAAUGACGACCGACUGAGCAUUGCACUGACACACUCAGAGAGAAAAGGACUCCUACUGCAACAUUCCAGAAGACAUUAUAUUGUGACGCUCAACCAUCUCACAGUACAGUGACCAAUAACCGACUGCAGUGCUGAUCUACUGAGAAACUUAGAGAAUCAAUUAAUUAUCACUCACCUAUAAACGAGAGACCAGGUCUAACUAACUAUGUAGCAUCUCUGCUAACACUGUAGCAUUUGUUAGCUGGGAAAAUAACGUCAUGACCUUAUCCAUUGACAGUUUUGAACAGAGUGCUGCGGAAAGACGCACUAAAAUGAAAACUUUACAUGCCGUUUUACUCUUGUGUUAUUUCCUUUUACAAGAAACUAUUGUACAUGAGAGACAAAGACAAGUUACCCUCUUACUGUUCUCUUUCUUUGAAAAAAAUGUGUGAGAGCAACUGAACCAGUUGCAGGUUAAAUGAAUCAGAGAACUGAAUUUGGACGUUUGAUAAUAUAUCUGUUCUCCCACCUCAUGAAGGAGUUCAUGACUUGUAGAAGUUAAAGAGACUGGUUAUCAAUCAAGCCUUUAUGUCUCCCAUUAAUUUCCAUCCAAUCUGGAAAGACGAUGCCAGGCCCUCAACAUAGUGUACUACGUCCAUAUGAUAGAAGUACUACGUACAUAUUAUAGAAGUACAUAGAUGACCAUACCAAAAUGGAUGUAGCAUCAACAGAGAACCAAUUAGUACUAUAUCCCCCCCCCCUGCAAAAUAAUUAUUGGUGAACAAGACUCUCUCUGUCUCUCACGUACUGACUUUGAAAUCCAUGUGGCAUACUGUACCAAAGGUCCUAUGCAUGCACUCGCUGUAUGACUUGCCUAUAAAGUAACAACAGUACGGGCUGCUAUGGGAUGAACAUUCCAUAUAUCUAGUGCAAAGCUUUGAACUGCCCUUGACACCUUCAUUAUCGCCUCGCUUUGGUACAAACGUGCAAGUCGGAAAUGCCACUCGUGUGUGUGUGUGUAUAUAAAAGAGGUCAUUCCUGAGUAUAUUUUAAAACAUAUUUAAUUGAAUGAUAUUUAUUACAAUUACAUUCCUCUUGAACAAAUAAAAAAGACUUCAUGAACGUAUGCGUAUGACAGACACUGGUAUCGGUCACUAUAAAUUGACUAACGUAUCUGCUGCUCAAAUCAAUCAUGAGUAGAGCACAGACUGACUAAAGGUCAAGUCCCAUGCACAGACCUGCCAACAGGAGGAAUAAGGUUCUAACUUAAAUACAGCACAGAGGAGGCCUCCAUAAUAAGGAUACCUUGAAGUCACAUCAAAGUGUAUCAGGUGGGGGAAAAAGUCCUCUGCUGUGGUUUUUACAAGUAACUAAACAUGCACAUAAUACUAUUAUUAUUAUAUCAGAUGCGUAUAUACUGCCAAUGAGGAAAAUACGUCCCCUUAUGCUUAUACUGCCCCCCCCCUCCCCAGACGCAUAUACUUCCCUCAUCUCUCUCUUGUUUCCCUUGCUGCCAAGCAAUGACCAAUGACUGCUUCAGGGUUAAGUCAAGCCUCCGAAACAAGGUAGCGAUGCCCUCCAAAUGAGACCAUUAAGGAAGUAAAACGGAGGAGAAAUGGACCAAGGAAGUGAAAAAGGGGGGACGUGUACAAAGAGAACAAAUCUAUAUUUUGAUAAACAAAUCAGCUAUCCAUGGCUUCAGACGGAGAAGGAGCACCAACUGAAAACAGGGUCAAAAUGCCAUUGGGAAAAGCAGUUGCAAGCGUCUGUGAAUAUCAUGAAAACCUAAUCGGAACUGGUUUGGCAAAAAAAGAAAGAGAAAAGUAGAGGAAUAAUAAUAUAUGAGAAUUACGUUUUUGGAUGUUUGGUGUGGUGGUUUGACAUGAGCGACUGUGUUACAACAAUAAAGAGAAUAAUGGAGAGAGUCACAUGAGUGAGAGAAAGCUAUGGGGGCGGCCCGGAGUGGGUGGGUCCCGGAGUGGGUGGGGCCCGGAGUGGGGACGGCCCGGAGUGGGGACGGCCCGAAGUGGGUGGGGCCCGGAGUGGGGACGGCCCGAAGUGGGUGGGGCCCGGAGUGGGGACGGCCCGAAGUGGGUGGGGCCCGGUGUGGGGAUGGCCCGGAGUAGGUGGACGCUGUACUAAACAAUGAAGAAGGAAAAAAAAGAAAAUGCAUUUUUGUAACUUUGUUUACCAGCAUGACUACCCUGCAUGACUGUCUUUUCUGCAAGCCCUUUGUUGAAGACAAGGGUGCUAGAGAUACAACAAAAAAACACAUAUAUAAAAGGAAUUAUUUAAAAAAUGUUAUAUGCAAUUAAUAUAUAUGAAAAAAAGAUUAUAAUGAAAGAGAAGAGCUAUAUUUUGUUUUGAAAAAGUAAAAAAUGUGAAAAUUGAAACAUGUAUGUUUGCAAAAUACACACUGAACUAUGUUUUGUUAGAUGAAAUCUCUCUGCUACUACUGCCCCACAUUCUGCAUUCAUUCAUUCAAUUUUAUUGACCUCUGUAGUACUGUCUGCUUUUAUUAAGCCGUACUUAAGUGUUUGUUGCUUCUUGUUUCAUUUUUGUUUUUCAUUCUAGCCAGUUAUAAUUCUAUCUAAAAUUAGCAUUUAAGGGUUAAUUUCACUCUUCAAUUUUGAGAAGUGAUCUUAGCCCUUUUCAUCGAUUCAAAAACUCAAUGAUUCCCUUCCUUGAAUCAUUUUCACCACCACUGUAGCAGCCAUUUUAAAUCGAUAGCGCUCCAUACUGUAUGUUUGAAGGGUGUAUACAUUACAAAUAUUCAAUGUUUGCUUUUAGUUGUUGUUGAGAAUAAUAGACUAUUUGUCAUAUGAUUGUAGCAGGGCAAAUUGAUACCAUGGAUGGUUACCUUCUAUGCCCGUUUGGAGAAGUUUGUAACAGGUUGUUAUUGGAAGUGGCUGGGUGGUUAUGUUCUGGGGAAGGCAGUCUUCUUCCAUCAGUCCUUAGGGGAGAGACAGUGAAAAGGGGGUUCAGGCCAGGAUUUAAUCUGAUCAGCGGUAGAUCCGUGUUAUAGUGCGCUUGAGAUUUAAAGGUCAUUUCCAAUUGAGCCGUGAACACGGUCUCCGCGAACGUGGGAACGUUGCUUUUAAAAGGUGCAUAGCUGACAAAGUGCGAUUGGAUUGAAUCACAGACUUUGGCCCGGGGUUCAAACGAAUGCAGAUGAAUGACCUGUGCACUGCGAUUGAUUUUUAAAGGCGAUUUAAACUGUUUGAGUCGACAUCUGCGGUUUUGCAGCGAACAUUAUCUGUGUCUUUUGAAGUCAAUUGCUGUGCUGGAUUGAAUCCAGGGCCUUAGUUAGUUAUCCAAUAAAGUGCAAUAUCUGUUCAUGAGAGAGAGAGGUCGGUAAAGAGAGAUUUGUUACUAGUCGAGAGAUUUCAGGUUUGCAUGAAACAAACUGCCAUUCCAAAGUUGUGUCUGUUUUAAAAGAGACUCAGGUGUGUUGGUUGGUUUGUGUGGAUUUAGGUGGUUUGCUAUUUUCCGUAUAUAAUAAAUUCUAGUAUAUAGAUAAAAUAAUGUGAACACCUUACAGUGACGUGAAACGCAUGCAUUGUGACUUGAUUGUCGAUCUCCUGAGGGAACGCGGUCUCGCCAUAUCCCAAGCUCCUUUGUUGUGUGUCAUGAAACCAGUCCUGAUGUUAUGAACACUGUGCCGUGUCGUAGAGCAGCAACGUCUUCCUUGGAGAGACAACUGAACACUACACACACUAUCAGUGUCAGCAUGGGUGUGUAGAGGUAGCUUGUCCUUGUUGUUAGGUGGUCAGGUCUCGCAUUCGUUCGUCAUCCAUUCGAGAACCAUCCAGCUGAUAGUCGUCGACGGGCAGCAGCUCACGGUAGCAUACGUAAUGUUAUAACACGCUUCAUACACGUUAUAACAUGUUAUAUCACACUUCAUACAAAGACCCAGAGCUUCCAAACUGAUGUCAUUGAAGUACUUUAAAAUGGAGGGGUGAGAUUGAAAGAACCAGUGGCCACUACUGUGCAAGUUGGGUAGGUGUAGAAAUAUGUAUUUCACUAGAGUUCCCCACUGUUGAACAGGUUGGGUGAAUGUUGGUUUUCCAGACACUAUCUUUAAUAACAGUCACUUUCUCUUGAGGGUGUAAGCCCUGGCAGGUCCAGGAUCAGCCCAGGCAGCUGUAAAAAAAAAAAGUAUCUCUGUCCAUCCCUAAUCAUGCAUUUUAAUUGGACUAUCACCACUAGACUAGACUUAAAUGAAUGAACUACGGAGGCUACUCACUUAUUUAGUUCAAUCUAUGUUGGUUUUUACAGGGUCUACAAUGAUGUCCACUUUCCCGCAAAAAUUGGUCCCUGAUAUUUUUCUUCUUCCUCAAUGUGUUUUGUUCACUUUUUCCUUUCAAACUAUGAUUUCAGGAUUUUUUUAGAAGGCAUUAAGCCACUUAGGCUUUGGGGGUCGCGAACUGUAGUGUUGAUAAAUAUUCCAGAGGUAAACUUCCAGUAACCACAGUUCGUGAACUGAACACACUCGCAAAUUCCCAAGAAUUUUAGAUAUAUUUGGGGUGGUUAUGUUAUAAUAUAGCACAGUAUUGUUAAUACAUUCUCUGUUAUUGACUGAUGAGUAUUACAUUCCUUUAUUAUUAUUAUUAUAUAUAAAAAUACAUGUGACUGCCCACUUCAGGCUAAAAACAAGAUGUCUUUUUUUUCUUCUCGUUUUCUAUUGCACAAUACUGCUAUUUGAUUUAACAAUGUUGAACACAAUGGGUUACAGUGUUAAGAGUGCUAAGUCUGUUUUAUGUUCCAUUUACAAAAUGCCUUUUUUUUAUAACCAAUGGAUAUGCGUAGAUAUGGACUUCAUAACCAAUCCUCAACAACAGCUACUGUAGAUGACACAUUAUGUGAGAUUCACCCACACCUGCAACUUUAACAUAUCCACUCAUGAUAUUAUGAAGUCCUUAUUUACCCUCGCCGACCCCUUUUGUAUACCUGGAUGAUCUAUCUACAGUCAAUGCAUUCUCUGAUUUCCAUUUGUUCUCAUUUUGAAUUGAAGGUUCACCGUAAAUUCCACUGGUACCACUUAUGUAUUUCAUGUACUAUCAACAUUUUUUUGUGUGAUAGAAACCAGAGACAACUAUGCGGUUUAACUACUUGUAUGGGUAUACUAUGGGUAUGGAUAAAUACAUUGCCAAGUUAGUUUAGAGUUGUAAGUUGUCCCUAAGAAAACAAACAACUAACUCUUACCCUAAUGCAGUUGUAUUACCUCAACACAUAGUAUAAUGACAGACAGAGAAACGUAGAUAUACCUAUUGAACCUACUGUAUCAUACCCAUAUGGAUAUAUACAGACACAACUUAAAGGCAAAUACAGUAACACUUUAUAAUAACUCAUGAACAAGCCAUUAGAAAUCAUGAUACAUGUUACUGAAAUGCUUGCAAAUAAAAAAAAUGUAAAAAAACGUGUUUAUUAAUAGUAUGUAUACUACUUACAUAGUUGAAUGCGUAUACUUGAAAGUUGUUAUUAAGGGUCACCACAAACUCAUUAAAGACAUAGUAUUACCUGUGGACCCUCAGUUCACGCAUGGCCUUGAGUUGAAAUAUCGACAGACAUAUGUAAACCUAGUCAUCAGCAUUCCAAAGACAAAAUGUAUCUCAUUUUUUCAUAACACUUUGUAAAAACAGACUUAGGUGUUAUUGUUUGCUGCCAUGGUAGGAGAAUGAAUAGGAGAAAAGAAGUGGUCACUGGAACACAUGGUUGAGACUAAUGCUGUAUUUUAUUUUUGAAAUGUUGGAAACACAAAAGUAUUAUUCAUCAAGAAACUGUAUAAAGUAUAUUUAUUUCGAUGGAAUGUUCAUGAUCUAUCUUUUUAUAUUUUGAAGAAAAAAAUAGAAACAUAUCAAUAAAGUAUCAUAAUUGCACAUCA